UUGUCAAACUCCGGAUCUGUUAUGAGUGGUCUAGAAAACGACCCCCUUCCGGAAAAUGAAGAGUACAAUGUAUUCCCUUCCAACAGUAGCACUCUUUUUUUCGAGGAUCCGAGUACAAAGGUCACUUCUAUGUGCUCGCUUUCCAACAUGUUGUUCCUUGGCACAAACCGUGGCACCGUUACUCAGUAUAUUCUGGAAGAGUGUGAAAUGAAUGAGACAACCUUCUCCUACGUCGAACUACUGGCUAGAACCAUCAGCGAUUCAGAUGUUGUUCGGAUGGACGCAUGCACUGAGCUCAGACUAUUGACACUCUUAAGCAGCAAUGUCGUCUGUGUUUGUGAUGCCGAGCAGCUAGAGAUGGUUAACUUUUUCCCAACUUGUCGUGGGGUUUCCACUUUCCAGUUGCAGCCAGACGGCGCACAGACAGCCAAAGUAGAUUGUCGGUUGUUCAUCACCCUUUUCGUCCAGCUUUGUUUAGCUUUUCAUACUCGGUUCAUCCAAAUUUAUCGAAUUACACCUACAAAUGCUUCACUCGUCUUUGAACACAAACUUUCUGUUUUGCCCAGCUCUCUGUGUGUUGGGGAGAAUUUUCUAUGUUUCGCCACUGAAGGCCGUUAUAUAUCGUUAAAUCUGCAUACAAAGGCUACCACCGACCUGUUUUCCUAUGACCAGCAACAGAACAGCAGACCGUUUCUGGCGCUAGUAGCAAAUGAUGAAUUCCUUAUCUCCGGCCCCGGAUCGCUUGGAGUCAUCGUGGAUGCGAACGGAACUUCUCACAGACCACCUUUACAGUUGUCUCCAAACGUGUUGAGUGUUUUUGUUUGGAAGGAAUAUGUGUUUUCGUUAACCGAUGAGUUUUUUACAAUACACAGUAUUUUCAACCAGAAACAAUUGCAGACUGUGCUUCUUCCCAACGCGAUCGCUGGUUGCUUCUCGUCUCGCAACCCGCACUUGGUGUUCGUCGCCUACGUAUCCAAAGCAAGUGGUCUUGUAGACAUUUUGUCCAUUGGCCCGGAGCGUUGGGACCGAUUUGCUCGCAAACUAAUUUUGGCCGGUUGUUUACAGCAGGCGAAACAACUCGUACAGAGAGAACAGCAGCGUGUUGAAGACAUCUUUCAAGCACAACUGGCUAGCAGUAAAAAUGAGCAGAGUGUGUUCUCCACGCUGCUCUGUCGCUACGAAAACCUCCUACCGAAUAGAUUCGCAUUUGCACCUCAUUGGUUCUACAACCUCAGCUGUCAGAAACCAACUGAUGAUGAUUCGAACAACAUUCGCCGAGUCGCUGAACUAUGCUUGUCUCAUUCGAUCGAUACCAAAGGACAACCAAACUUGGCCGCGAAUGCCACCUGGACCGUGCGAUACGAACAGUUUUUAUUCUCUUUCCUACAGAAACAUCAUAAGAGCAAAUUCACGGAGAAAUACAUGCAUUUACUCGAAACUGCCCUAGUCAAAUUGUACUUGAAACUAAUCCGGGGUGGGAGGAAACCACAACUAACCGAGUUAUUAUUUUCAAAUAAUCGGCUCAUCCCAUCAGGUUUGGGUUGGGACUCCGAAAAGAGCGAAGCUGAACAGCGUGGGUUGGAUUUGGUCAGCUUGAUCUCCAGUCUGGUGCAUAUCGACGUGGAUGAUUUGACUGCCUACCUUGAGCAAUCUUCAGAACACCAUGCUCUUAGUUUGAUCUACCAAUGGCAAGGAAAUGUGGCCGGAGCCUUGUCAAUCUGGCAGAAAUUGGCUUACGGAGAACUUGUGGAUGUAAACUUUCCUGGCGUGGAUUUCUACAUCGCCGUUUUAUCCUGGUUGGCUUCGCCUAACGCUGAACCAAUCAAACUGUGGUCAGUCACCGAAAAUGAGCAACAGGAUACUGCCUCGUCGCCACACAUAUCUGAACCAUCUGUUUAUACGGAACUGAUAUGGCAGCAUCUGUGUCAAAGUCUGGAGCCCGAACGUCCAAAGGAAAUCGCGGAGAAGCUUUUAUUUGCCCUGCCCUACUUACCCAGCGAUGACUAUAGCUCGCAAUGGGAUGAUAUUUUACUCGACGAAUCUUGUUCCCAAGCAACGACGGAUGUUUCGCUCGCACCUUCCCAGUGCCUGACUCCCACGCACAUUCUUCGCAGACUCAUUCCACAGUAUGUGGACCUUGGUAUCAAAUAUUUGCAUCACCUCAUCUAUGUGCAUCUUGAUAUGACACCUCGAUAUCACACAUUACUGGCACAAAUUUACCUGGAUGUACUUACAGGGAGACUCCGUGAUGAGCCAUCGGCCGUCAACUCAAAAGCACGGUUCAUUCAGUUGAGGAGAGACUUCUGCCAUCUUCUACGUCAUUCAAACAACUAUUCCGUUUCCAAACUGCUGGAAAGGGUGAGACAAUGUGACGUGCCAAACGAAUUCGCCUAUGAGUUGGCUAUCCUACUGGGAAAGAACGAUCAGCACCGUGAUGCACUAGAUAUUUUGGUAACUCAGCUGUCGGAUCUUCCAGCCGCUUUGUGUUAUUGUCUUAGCUAUAUGAAUGAAGAUGAGACCUGUGUAACGGGAGGCAACAAUGGGAAAUGGGUGCCUCAAUACACCUAUACAAAGAAAUGGAAGGUACUCCAAUUGGCAUCGAACGAACAUCCACUGGACCACGAUGUGGUGGAGCGUGCCCCCGAGGUGUUCACCAUACUUGUGGAACUGUGCUUCAAAAGAAGAGCGGAGGCUGAAUACGAAGAAGUGGCGAUGAAUUUGCUCAAUUCACCCAAUAUCCCGCUUCAAUUCUCCAAGAAGAGCUCGUUGCCUACGGUCCGGAGAGCCCGUUCGCUUGGCUGGUUCAACGCAAACAGUUUUCACAUAUACAUUGUCUCUGAAUAUUCAACCGUUUCUCGUCCAAUCAGUCUUUCAUUAUUUCGACUCUUGCUCCUCCACUUGGUUCUUCUGUACCGGUUCUCUUUCUGCUGCAUUAAUGAACAUACUUUUAUUGCCUACGGUUUGUUUUUA